GUUAUAGAUUCAACAUGACGGGAUGCGCAAGUUGAAAAAAGCCCUGUCCCACGCCCGCAAAGGCACAACGACUCAUGAACGAAUCGAGUCAGGCAUCAAAGAUACAACUACAUUCGUAAACUAUCGGAAUCAUGUGUCUCGAGUGGAAAAGGUGGUGACAAACGAAAAUCCACCUUUUGUCGCUAGAGAAGAAGUGAAAUCGAUUUCUUUGAAGUACAACCGAAAUGACCCUGGACCGUCGGUCACAAUGCCGGAGUCAUUGGUAAAAAAUCGAGUGAAAAACCCGUCGAAAUGUCAAGUGAGAAAAUGCAGGGGUAUUAAAGCAAGGGAUACAGAGGCCGACAGGCUUCGUCAACUGAUCAUGAAAGUUAAAGAGCUUAAGAAAAAUGUUGACGAGUAUGAGACCAUAAAGAUUACUCAAGCCACGGAGUCGUGCCAUGUGCAGCCGUCGGUUGAAAAAAGCACUCAGACUGCCGUAGAUGAUACCCAGAGUGCCUUAAUUGUCCUCCACCAUUGCCAAGAUGAAAUGAUGAAGCUCCAGGAGUUCCUCCAGGACGCGUCCAGACAUUUGGAGAACCCCACUGGCGCAUGUUGUGAAAUUGUAACGCCUCAUGUUCACACUUUUGUCGAUGGUUUAUCAGCUGUCAUUAAAUAUUCCGUUGAUAGAACACCGCAUCAUGAAUUACCAUCGACAUCGUAUGAACCGCGGAAUUAUGACGCCAUUUCCUCGGAUAAGGGAAAUCAUAACCUCAGGGUGUGCCCUCGGACGAUAACCACUGCGGCUAAUGAACCUGAGGAUAAUUCCAGAUCAGAAACAUUCGUCAGUGAAAAUACUCCGGGAUUUAGGAUAAUUCGGCCGAGGCACGAGGAAAUAUUUCAAGCUGCCAUUAUUCAGAAAUUAUCGUCUUCGCUGGUUGAGGGAGAGAAUUCAACAGACAUUCAACUGCAGGCAAAAAAAACAUGGGAUAUGGAUAAAAUAAUCAUUGUCGUAAGAUGUUCACCACCGAGAUACGCUAGCCAAUUGCCCAUGGGUUCCAAGACUAUUUUAACCCUGAGGGAACCUGCGGUCUUCAGGACUUCCGAUUUGACUUCAACCUCGGAUUACACCGAUGACACGUCUGAUGAUGACAAUUCGGAUCACGAGACACCGAAUCACAUACGGAAAAAUGGAUUUCUAGGGAUAUUAAAUCUCCGGAAUCUGUUGUACAAGUAAUUCAUACAAUUGGAUACGAAACACAAUGGCAGCAAGAUGGCGGAGAUGCUGGAGGGGAAUCCGAGAGAGAUGUGCCAACCUAUCCUGUCUCCGAAAGGAUAAAAAAUCAGUUGAGAAUAAUUCGAAUGCCAUUGCUCCAUCCAUACCCCAAGAAAUUGAGAUACAGUCGGUCAAAGUACAAGAGGCUCGACAGGUUAAGCCUUUGGUGUCAUCAACUCAAUCAUCGGCUGCUACCAGACAAUCUCCAACCACUUCCAAUACGGAUAAUCUGUCCGACGAAUCACUCACUAUUAUUCACAAACGUAAAUUUUCCCACCGGCGAAAAUCCACUAGGCAAUGCCUGUCAAAAUGCUCCGAGACAGCUAGGCUCAACAUUGACAGCCCAUCCCAAAAGUGUCAACGAAAGAGGCGAGUUUUUUGCUCUCUGGCCGAAGACUUUGUUCAGGGAUUCUUAUAAAUUUAAAAUUUCUUUAGAGUGAAAAUUGAAUUUUGUCAACACGGAGCUCAAUGCAAAAAUGCUAAAUCAGGGUCUAGAGGGAGUUAUCGCCAAUUUAUCGACAGAACGAGGAAGAGCUUUCAGGGGUUUCAGAGUGAUACACUAGGGUAUUUUAAAAGGGCCAGAGAUAGGUAUGACAGUUUGUCGUUGACAGCUAGACAAUCUCUUCGGCGUCCUUGGAGACAAAGUGGGGGAAAUAUGAAUAUUUGUGCGGCCGAGAGGCCGUGCUGUCAGUGCGGCCGGAUUCAAGGUCACUCACAAGGUCAAUCGCAGAUUAAUGCCAAUAUUUAUCAAAUUUGUGAGUGCGAUGACAAUCCGAUGAGAAUGAAGGAUCACUUGGUGUCAUAUUGCGCUUGUUCUGUUGAUCUCUGUGGGAAUGGCUCCUAAAAGAUUAUUAUAAAUUCAAUUUAAUAUAUGGAAAAUCGAAUAUUAUUACUAUAUAUUAUUGGAUUCCUUUGAGCCCUCUUUCUCUUUCUCUCUCUCUAUAAACCUUUUCUCCUAGACAUUAUGUUAUUUUAUCACUUGGACAUUUUUACUACCGCGUCCAGUGGUGUCUGGUGUGUACAACCUAUUUGCUGGGCAUUAGCGUGGGAUUGGUUGUAAAGCCUCCAAAGGGGACAUAACGGUUUUAAAUAUAUGUAUUAGAUACAUAUGUAUUCGGCCAUGUGCAUUCGACCACUUGACGCCUUCACGAGGAGAUCCUGUGAGAAUCCAUUUGUCUCUUCUCGAACGGCUCCAUAAAAUAAUUAGAAUAAUCAAAACGAUGUUUUUUUUUUAAACGAUUUGAAUGAUGACAA